AGAAGUACUACAUAUCCGUGGGUGAGACGACCACGCAAGCAGUUCAACACACAAUGAACUCGCUCAAGGAGGAGCGCUACACCCCCUCCACGCAGCGUGGGGUACUGUACUUCAAUACCGUCCCACGUGACAUGCGUCCGCAGGAAGUUCGCCUGCACUUCAAUCAACACGGUGACAUCCGUCGCAUGAAGUUCAUUCCUUUUCCCAAGAAGGCCCGCCGUCCUGGCGGUGCGCUGUUGCCGCUGCAGUACAAAGAGGGCUGGAUGGAGUUCACCUCGGUCGACGACGCGCGAGACGCCGCCGCGUGCAAAAACGGUCAGCCCGUGGACGUGAAGCGUCAGCGGCGGUGCUACGGCCAACUGUGGACGGUGCGCUUCAUGGAGGACUUCACGUGGGACUCGCUGCUCGAGGAGGCGGAGGGGAAGCGACGGGCCCGCCGUGCGGCGGAGGUGGAGGCGCGACACGAGGAACGCUCGAUGAACGAGGCGUACCGCCGCAUGGCUAUGCAAGCCCAACAGCAGCGCAAAGGCAAGCGGCAGCAGCGCGCUCACGAGGACGUAGAUGCGAAGGAGGAUGCGACUCUUCCUAAAAAGAAACUACCGGAAAGUGCAAAGGUGUCCGCGAUGCGCCCGUCGGAGCGCAAGUCCGCGAUGACAGCGAAGAAGGCUGGUGCAACCGCUGUCAAAAAGACAAAGAGGCGCAUGGAUAAGUGA